AUGCCUUCCCCGCAGACCUGCGGCGUCCUGCUCCUCCUGAUCUGCCUGGACGCCUGGAGCCUCCAGCAGCCGCAGCCCCUCCCCGGCCCCGCGCUACCCCCCCGGCCCCAGCCGUCAUCCUCCUCGUCCACCAGAGCGGCGGCGUCCACGGCGUCCGUGUCCGAGGCGGCGGCGCGGCCGGGCAACCUGUCGGCCAGCGCCGAGAGCAAGGUCGAGCGGCUGGGCCUGGCGUUCAAGAGGAACCUGCGGGAGCUGCGCGAGAAGAGCGCCCGGCUGGACGCCGUGUUCCUGGUGGACGAGUCGUCGAGCGUGGGCGCCGGCAACUUCCGCAGCGAGCUGCGCUUCGUGCGCAAGACGCUGGCCGACUUCCCCGUGGCGCCCGAGCACACGCGCGUGGCCAUCGUCACCUUCUCGUCCAAGAGCCACGUGGUGACGCGCGUGGACCACAUCUCGGCGCCGGCGCCCCACAUGCACAAGUGCUCGCUGUUCAACCGCGAAAUCCCGGGCAUCAGCUACCGCGGCGGCGGCACCUACACCAAGGGGGCCUUCCAGCGGGCGGCGCAAAUCCUGCGCAACUCGCGCGCCAACGCCACCAAGGUCAUCUUCCUGAUCACCGACGGCUACUCCAACGGCGGGGACCCCCGGCCGGUGGCGGCGGCGCUGCGGGAGCGCGGCGUGGAGAUCUUCACGCUGGGCAUCUGGCAGGGGAACAUCCGGGAGCUCCACGACAUGGCCUCGGCCCCCAAGGACCAGCACUGCUACCUGGUGCACAACUUUGCAGAGUUCGAGGCGCUAGCCCGCUACGCCCUGCACGAAGACCUCCCGACGGGCGACUUCAUCCAGGAGGAGCGCUCCCGCUGCGGCCUGCUGUGCGAGGGGGGCGGGGACUGCUGCGACGCCAUGGCCAGCUGCAUGUGCGGCACGCGCACGGGCCAGUACGACUGCGUGUGUGAGAGGGGGCACUACGGCAAGGGACAGCAGCACGAGUGCACAGUGGUGCAUUGUCCUAAGCUGUCCCCCCCGGCCAACGGCUUCUUCAUCCAGAACGCGUGCAACAACCGCCACGACGCGGCCUGCGGCGUCAAGUGUCUGCCCGGCUUCGACCUCCAGGGCACGGGCAUCCGGCUGUGCCAGGCGGACGGUGCCUGGUCCGGGACCACGCCCAGCUGCAGGGUGCGCUCCUGCCCCCCGCUCAGCCGGCCGCAGCAUGGCCACAUGAGGUGCACCGAGGAAGGAGGUGGCGGUGUCGGCGGUGGCGCCCCCUACAGGGCGGAGUGCACGGCGGGGUGCGAGCGGGGCUACCGUCUGGAGGGGGACAGCCGGCUCACCUGCCUGGCCGACUCCCUGUGGAGCGGACCCCAACCUCGGUGUGUGGGUAAGCCUUCAAGGACUACAUAG